AUGAGAAUCUGUCGUUACGUCAUUCAGUCUCCACUCGCCUAUCCUUCACGUCGAGCAGAACAUGAAACACAUCGGGGUUUCAUGCGACGACAACAAAUCACACAAACUGUACUGCUCAAUCAAGUACACAAAUCCAUCUCAUUGGAAGAUAGUCGAGAAUGGUAUAUGCGAGAGGUGAAAGAACAACAGUCUCGGGGCGAACUGUUUCAAGAUCCAUUCAUGCCAGCCGUGGACAGCACAAUAAGGAAAACGCUCUCACCACAUGCCAGACAAUAUGAAUGGCUUCGACCACAUCAAUUGACUCACAGCCCCAAAUUCAUCAUCGAUGGAAUCAGUCGGUUCGAUAUUCGACAGGGUGAAAUCGGCGACUGCUGGUUUUUGGCAGCUCUAUCCAGUUUGUCCAUGCAUCCAAAUUUACUGGAACAAGUAAGUUUAUGCAUCCAUUCAUCCAAUCUAAUCUGUAUCGCCUUCUAUCUUCGCAUCUACCAACUCAGAAUGCUUGCUGACAUAUUUCACCGCAUUUUAUACUCCUAA